AUGGCCAAUUGGGCAGAACUGCCCCACGAACUCCUUGUUCUCAUUGUAAAUUGUGUUAAAGUGAUAGAAGAUUUCAUUGCUUUUGGUGCUAAAGUUUCACGUAUAUUUCUCCCCGAAGCUAAAGGGCGAGAGUGUUUUCCAUCAGAGGGAUGGAUCUGCUCCGCGUCAUACACUGGAGAGGUAAACUUGUUGCAUCCUUUUUCUCGUACCCUAAUUCAACUUCCUCCACAACAGGCCUUAUUGGCUUUUGAUUGCGACAAUACAGAUGAUGGAUAUCCAUGCAUCGACCAAGCUGUGUUAUCUGCUAGUCCUUCUCUUACAUCGGAUUAUGUAUUAAUGGUUUCUUUUUAUGGAUAUAAAAAUUGUUUGGCUUUUUGCCGACCUGGAGAUCUUAACUGGACUAAUAUUAUAAUCGACAGAUCUAAUGUAAUUGGUGGAGUUGCGAGUCUCAAAUAUUAUAAGGGUAAAUUUUAUGUUGUGUAUUAUUCUGGCCAAGUUUGGGUUUAUGAUGUAACAAUUGGAGAGUCAUGUGAUUUUUUUGAGCUUGAGGAUGAUAUGUUUAAACGUCCAUUAGUUCAGUUCUACCUAGUAGAAGUAUCAGGUGUACUAUUAUUGGUUAGUCGAUUUGCCUCAAAGGGUCCAAAUGGUGGUGCUGAAACCUAUAAAUUUCGAGUAUUUGAAUUAGAUGUAAUUGGAGGUGCAUUGAAGGAGAUUAAUACCUUGGGAUAA